AUGACUACAUCAGCCAAGCCGCGGUCGCAGGACGAGUACGUCGCGCCGCCUGAGGUCGUCGCGGCGAUCGAGGCCGGCGACGCGGAGCAGGUGAAGGCGCUCUUGACGCCGGCGCCCGAGGGGCUGUCCAAGUCGGUGCUGAAGAAGCUGAGUAGUCUCGUGGCCGCGCUGCUGGCGCAAAUUGAGACGCUCGGCCUGCCGGCCGACGCCAUGGCGACCCUGCAGCAGCAGCGCACCGCUCUCGCCGACGCCAUCGCGCCGCACGUCAAUGCGAUGCGCAACAGGCACUACGUGCAAGGCUUCAACGCCCGAGGAUGA